AUGUUCUUCCUCCUGCGCUGGAUCCUCUACUUCCUCUCCCUCUACGUCUUCACCAUGCUCUCCUUCUUCGCCCUACACACCUACCUCCCCGGCGCGCCUCAGAUUCUUGGGUUCUUGGCUCGAACCAUGGCUGCGUACCUGAGCCUCAUCGCUUGCGCCGCCUACGGUACCAUCGCAUCUGCAAUCCUGAGGGUCUUUGGGUUGCACUUUACCUACGGCCAGUGGACUACCGCCAAGGCGUUCAAGAAUCUGUGCACCUACACCCUGGGUGUACGGUUCGAGAUUCUGGACAACGGAGAACAGAUCUUGAAUAGCACACGCCCAGCGGUGUUCAUAGUAAACCACCAGACAGAACUCGACGUCCUCCUCCUCGGCUGGAUCUGGCCUAAGAACUGCUCCGUCACUGCGAAAAAGAGCUUGCGAAACGUCCCCUUCUUGGGCUGGUUCAUGACUCUCAGCGGCACCAUCUUCAUCGACCGUGUGGAUCGAUCAGCCGCCAUGAAAGCCUUCGAAGGCGCAGCAAAAGCCAUGAAGGAGAAGAGGCAGAGCGUGGUCAUCUUCCCGGAGGGGACGAGGAGUUAUUCUCUGGAGCCCAUGUUAUUGCCGUUUAAGAAAGGAGCGUUUCAUCUAGCGGUGCAGGGAGGCGUGGAUAUCGUACCCGUUGUAGCCGAGAAUUAUAGUGCAGUGUUGAGCCCAAAGUUGAAGAGGUUUAACGCCGGCACCAUACGAGUCAAAGUGCUUGAUCCGAUUACCACGAAGGGUCUUACUUCUGCCGACGUCGAUCAACUAACACGGGACACCCGCGAGAAGAUGCUCAAGGCCCUCACUGCCAUGAGUCAAGACCCCGGAUCUCGGUCUAUUCGCAAUCAGAAAAAGGAUUCUUGA